AUGGCACAUGAUCUACUAACUGUGCAGAUUUCAACAGUGGCAUCCGAGUCUGCUUUUAGUGCAGGUGGAAGAAUAUUGGAUGAUUAUAAAAUCCGGCUUAAGAAGGAUGCAGUCGAGAGAGUCACGGACACGCCUCUAAUCUUCCUCCUGCUCUCAUAUGGCUUCUCUGUCGCUCCCCCUCUCUUCUCCUCCUCCUCCUCCUGCCUGCAAGAGCGGAUUGCUACUAGUGUUCGUCGCCGUCGUCUGCGAGGAAACUACGCAUGCCUCAGCUUUGAAUGUUCCUCACUACCCGGGAGAAGAAACAGCUUCUUCGAUCCAAAUCGAUGGGCGAUUAGGUCGUCUCAGUCUCCGCCGGAGAGAUGGUGCUUCUUCGGGGGAGAUGGGUUGGAGAAAGAUGCGAUCCUGCUGAGGAGGAGGAGGAGGAGGAGGGGGAGGAGGAGGAAGGGGAGGUUGGUGUUGGUGAGAGCUAAUAAUUUUAACGGCGGAGGAGGUGGGUGGGAUAAGAACACCACAGCUAGGGUUUUGGGUAAUCUUGCUUUGGCUGUUGGAUUGACUUAUCUUACUAUGACUGGCCAGCUCGGUUGGCUCUUAGAUGCCAUUGUCUCCAUCUGGCUCGUUGCAGUGCUGCUACCUAUCGUAGGGCUAGGAGCUUUCUUCUGGUUUGCAGGACGAGAUAUUGUACAGAGCAGUUGCCCCAACUGCGGAAAUGACUUCCAGAUACUCAAGUCCUUUCUGAAUGAUGGUCCACAACUCUGUCCAUUUUGCAGUCAACCUUUCUCUGUGCAAGGUGACAAAUUUGUAAGAGAAUCUGCGAAGUUCUCAUCUGACCGCUCUGCAACAUAUAGACAAGCAUUCAACGAAUACUCGCCUCGGGUUGAGAAGGGAAAGGCAACUUCUGCAACAGUUGUUGACAUUGAAGCUGACGUUAAGGACAUAGAAUGAGCUCUUCUAUCCUGGUCAAAUGACGCCGUCGUGAUACUUGGACGUCAGAACCCACUCAAAUGGAGAAAACUCCGGAAAGUUCAGAAGAGCUGCUUUAGAUGUUGAGCUGUCCGGAGAAAGCGAGUGGCAACACAGGAAUGUGCAGUUAUGAGCAAAUCAUUGCAGUCUUCUUCUGUUUGUAUGUGUACAUAAUGCUUUUAUCAACAAUGAUGUAAAUCAUUUUGGAUGCUCUAGCGGUAAUCGCUUAUCGGUAGGAAAGUUUCAUAUUUAUUUGGACGUAUUUGUUGAGAUGAGUUUUGGGAUGCGGAUGCUUGUGGACUUUGUUUUUCCACAUAAAAGUAAAGAUCGACCAUGUAAAUUA